AUGUCAGAAAAAGUGGAUGUUGUCGUUAUUGAAUUUUACAAGGCUCACGUUAAGGCGAAUGAUGGGGUUUUGGAGGUUCUGGACUACUCAAAGAAAAUACAGAAGGAAAACGAGGAAAGGCACACGCAUCUUCAACUGCAGCUAAGCAACGCUGAGUUCCGUCUGGUGGAACAAGGGAAGGCCUCAGCCAAAAAAAUUGAGAGCCUUCUGUCGCAAGUUCGUCUCCUUGAAAACCAAAGAGAUGUUUCCGAUAAAACGAAGGAGGAAGUGUUGCGGAAGUUGAGUUCCGUUUCCAACCAACGCCUUGCUGAGAGAAAUACAAAAGAUGAACAAAUGCGCGAACUUCUUGUGGACCUGGAUACCGAAAAGCAAAACGCCCAACUUAUUGAAACCAAGCUUCAGAAGCUCCGAAAAAACUUUGAUUACGAAGUUGGAAGGAAACGGGAAUAUAAAAAGGCUUUAGAGGAAGUAAAGGCGAAGCGUGAGGAGGCAGAGAGAUAUCGAGCAACGGAGAAGGAUUGGGCAAUGAAGGCUAUUAAUCGCGCCAAUGAUGAGGUUAACUAUUGGGUAAGGAGCUUUGAGAAGCUGAAGUCUAUGUUAGAUGAGUUAUCAAGCAGAUCAGGUGCGCGAGUUUCGGCGGUUGAUCAAGCGACGAUCAACCGCUUUGAGGAGGCAAGGAACAGAAUUGUAUUACGUGACCAAGAUGUUAACACGGCUCCUUCUGAUGAAGAAACCCACAGAGUAAAACGCGCCAGAAUAGAAUAG